AGUCGUCGCCAUUCAAAUCCUUAUUUCUCGCCGCAAGCCCAAAAGCGAGGCGAGGGGAAAGAAGAGCCGAGCGAAAGCGAAUUCGGCCUCCCCGCCUCUCCCCUUCUUCCUCGCCCCUCUUUCUCUCCUUCCCUCCUCAUGGAGUCUCCGGCAGCGAGUUGCUCAGUUGGCGCUCCGGCGUUCUACUCGGCGGCGUCGCCGGAGCAGAAGGAGAGGGAGGAACUCCUCAGCCAGGUGGAUCCCUUUCUCCUUGAGGUCCUCGAGAAUCCUCGCCAUCGGCUUACAGUUCUGCGCAUGGAAUUGGACAUUCAGAGAUUCAUGCAGAAUCCAUAUCAUCAACACUUUGAAUUUCAGCCUUUACCAACUUCUUAUCUAAGAUGCGCUGCUCAUCGUGUUGCUCAACACUAUGGUCUACAGACCAUGGCACUAGAUAACGUUGUAGAUGGGUUAGGUAGCAGAGUAGUGGCAAGGAAAACUCCUCAGAGUAAAUAUCCAGUUGUCUGUUUAUCAGAAGUACCUGCAAAAGUGUCUGAUAGGGAUAUUACUGAGCAAGUUAAGAUUGCUAUUCGUCCAAGACCAAGAAUGGUUUCCUCAGGUGCCGGCAUUGAUGUAGUACCUGAAAAAAGUGCAACAAGGACUGUAGAAGAGCGGAAGGAAGAAUAUGACAGAGCCCGGGCCCGUAUCUUUAGUGGUUCUUGCAAUUCUGAGGUUGAAGGGUCGUCAUCUCCUGCUUCAGUUGACGGAAGAAACGUGUUCUUGAGCAGCGAUGAGGAGUACCAGAGGACUGUCGAAGAAAUUGACAAAAACCUCCCAAAAGAUGGUGCUUCCAGAGUGGCCAUUUUCAAAGAUAGGGAAAAGGACCGCACUGAUCCAGACUAUGAUCGGAGAUAUGAGAGGUAUGUUAGAGGACUCUCGUUCCCACAGAACUUUAGCUUGCAAGCUUGCAGUAUAAUUCAGCCUCCAUUUCUGCAGCAUGAUGGAGGCAUUUCUCAGUUUGGUCAUUUGCCCAGUAACCAAAGUCACGUGAACUACGACAUAACAAACCCAGCUGUCAAUCCAUAUGCUUUUGGAUGCAAUCAAAAUGCAAAAAAUGCUGUCUACUUACAGUGGCCUAGCCCUGCAAUGAUGUAUUCAAACUCAUAUGAGCAUCUCGGGCAUGCAAUGUUCCAGGCUCCAUUCUAUCAGCAACAUUUGAGCUUUGAGCAUACGCAGAACUGCUAGUCGGCAUGUUAGCUUUGUAUUGACUUAAUAUUUUGGUGAAUUUAGUAGACACUGGACUUUGGUGAAACUUCUUGGAAUUCUGAGAUCCUCAAAAAUUACCGUGUACUCUUCUAAGAGCAAGUCUUCUCAUUCCCCCCAUGAU